AUGGAUCGUGAUAGUGCCAAUGCUACUCGUUUACGUGUUAAUCGCAUCGCGUUAACUCAACAACUCAAUGUUCAAGAGCUCAUACCUAAACUUGUUCGUGCUCGUAUUCUAUCUGUUAAUAAUGAUAUGCCAUAUAUAAAUGAAGGUACAACAAGUAUUGAUCGUGCUCGUCGACUAGUUAAUUGUCUGCUAACACCGACAUCAAUUGGCAAAGAUGUUGAACGUGGUCAGCGUCCAGCAAAUUGGUUUCUGAUAUUUCGUAGUAUUUUAUUAGAAAAUUCAUCUAGUUAUGGUGAACUUGUAACUGCUCUUGAUAAUACAGUAAUACGUACACCAGAUUUUGCUCAACGCGCAUCCGAUGCUUUUGCUGAUAAAACGAAUGCUCCACGUUCACAUGAAUUUCGUGAAAGUGUUAAUAAAGAAUUACUUCGUGUUUCGAAACCAAAACAAACUGAUGAACAAAAAUCAAAGACUCCAAUAAAAAGUAAUCAAGAACAAAUAACCAAAAUUGAAUUUGAUCCGUAUGCAAUGAAUAAAAUUUCAAUUGAAGGAAGUUUUCAAAAAGUUGUUGAUAAUCUUACUUAUCUAUCACAGAUUCCUGAACAUUUAUUUGAUCAAUUAUCUCGUUCCAAACAAACAUACGAUUGUGAGCAACUUGAUGCUGAACAUCAAGCAUUUGAUGAUAUGCGUCGUCUUGAAUUAAUGAAUAAUUUGAUGAAACAAGAAAGCGCAUUGGCUAAUCAAAGUGUAUUUGAUACAGAAAUAGUUGAUACAAUUCUUUCAAAUUCAAAGAAUCAUCAUUAUUUUUAUAAAUAUUUUAUUGCUUUGUCAUCUAUUUAUGGGAUUCAUUUUGAUCGACAAUUUCUUCAAUCAUUUAUUAGUUCUCUCGAUAAACAAGAUAAUUUUAUUAAAAUCAUUGAUAAAGGUUUUCAAUUAUAUCAUUUCUUACACGGUUAUGGUCGAUAUGAACUAUGUCGACAAGUUAUUGAACGUAUUGUACAAGCAUUAACAAAAAAAGUUAAACAACAACAACCAACUAUUUGGAAUUAUUUAUUUCGUGCAUGCUGUGCACUUAUUCAAAUUCAUAAUCAAGGUGUAGAAAUAAAAGAUGCCUGGGCUAGAAUUGAAGCUGCAAAUGAAAUUGCAGAUAAUCUUAAAACGACUGGCAUUGAAAUUCCCAGUAACGAUUACGCUUGGUUAUAUUUUUCAGCAUCUCAAACAGCAUAUGAAGAUGCUAAUUUCGAUGCUUGUAUUCAAUAUUGUUAUAGAGGUCUUACAGCAGUCGAUAAAAAUAAUCAUUCAUUAAUUGUUGAUCUACUUUGUUCACUUGCACAAGGAUUAACAUCAAAAUGGAUUAUGAAUAAAGCACAAGCAACAGCUGUUAUGGCUGUACAAUAUGCAGCGAAAUAUUGUGGUCGUAAUGAUCCAAAAUUUGUUUAUGCGCUUCAACAACUUGUUCAAUUUUCAAAUGAAUUUAUUCAAGACGCACGUACUGUUGAAUUAUCCAAGUAUACAUUUGAUCGAGCUCGAACAGUCUAUGGUUAUGAAUCAAUCGUGGUUGCUCAUUCGCAUCGAGCUUUAUCGAAAAGUUUAAUAACACUUGCUUCGACAACUUUUUCUCGUCGUAUUACACAAGAGAGUCCAUCUGACAACAAGUCUACAGAUUUUUCACAAACACCUUUUCUUCAUCAUGCGAAUGAGGCCUAUCGUAUAGCACAAGAUUGCUUUGGAGUUGAAGAUCGAAUUCGUUUAUUUCCAUUUAAAAUGAGUCUUGCUCAUGCCUUACAAUCACGUGUUUCAUCCGAUCAAACUGAAAGCAAAGAUUCUUACUUUAGCGAUGCGAUGGAAUUACUUGAAGAUUGUCUUACUAUUGCCAAAGAUACAUUUGGAACGAUGAGUUUUAAAGUUGCACAAGUUCAUCGACUUCGAUCAGCAACAUAUCUUAGCAAAAAAAUGUAUAAUGAAGCUGAACAACAGUUAAAUACAUGUUUACAGAUAUAUAAACUUUGUUUACCAUCAAAUAGCUUUCACUAUCUUGUAACAAAAGCAAGUUUAGGUUUAAUUUAUAAACAACAAGGAAAUUAUGCACAGGCUUUAACAAAUUUUCAGAGUAUAUCUUCAUUGUUAGAUACAAAAGCUCAAUCAUUUCGUUGGAUAAAUAUGGUUCUUGAAAGUCUUAUUGAAUGUUAUACUCAUAUUGAAGAAAGUGGACACAGCGAAGAAGAUCCGGCAACAUCAUCAAUAGCUCAUAAUGCAGCAGAAAAGGUUCGCGCAGAAUUGUACGAAUGGCGACGUGCAAAUGUGAAACCCGCCGAUUUAAUGAAUUUAAUUCAACAAGAACCAGCAAGAACAUUACAUCAAUUUCUUCAUGAUUCAACCAAAUUUCAAGAAACAACCAAUCGUGUUCAUGCAUUAAUGCAUACACAACAAAAAGCAAAAACUCGAAUGUCAUUACCAAUACCAACUACGAAUACCAAAACGCAUCAAGAAGCGUGA